CUAGUCUGUGUACACUGUGCGACGACGAACGUCAUCCGUCAGCUGAGCUUAAGGGUUGUUUGUAAAUACUUUGGGAUUCCAAAGCAUAUCCAACGUUAAUGGUAGAUAAAUGGAUGAAACAGGAAAUUUCCAGGAUGAUGCCGAAUUGGACAAAGUAUGCAGAUGUUGCCUGGGUAAGGAAGGUGAGAUGCGACCACUUUUCGGGGCAUUUCUAGAUAACAUGCUAAAGGAAGUCGCUCAAGUAAAGGUGGAAGCAUCAGACGGUCUUCCAGAAGUGAUGUGCUUUCAAUGCGUGUUGCAAGUAAGUCGAGCAUUCCGGUUUAAACAGCAAUGUCAGAGGUCGGAUGCGACACUGAGAUUACGCCUAGCACGAAAAUUGAAUGCCGGGAGUUGUGACGAGACGAAGAAACACUGUUUACAUAAUCUGGCACAAACAACGAAUGACUUAAACUUGCAACUAUCUGAAUCGGAUUGCAACCAAUCGAUAGAAAGGGUCGGCUUUAAAAGUUUUGAGAAACCUUUAAACAGCGGUUGCGCAUUCGACCUCCUCAAUGAUCAUAACAUCGACACUGAAUUUGCAAUGAAAGAAGAAACCUUACCCAACCAGAUUUUGGAGGAGUGCUUAGAGCAAACCGAAAACGUCGACGAGUCACGCUGCGACCUUGAAUACACAAAAGUUUCUGCCGAACAACUGGCGAAACCUUCCACAGAGGCAAAUAUGCAACAAACUGCCGCAUCCUUUUCGUGCGUAGUCUGUUCAAAAACUUUCGCAAAAAAGCAAAUAUUAAGCCGACAUCUGAAAAUCCAUGUCGCCAACAAACCACAUGUCUGUAAAGAUUGCGGGAUGUCCUUCGCAGAAAGCUCCAACUUAACAAAGCAUCGGAAAAAGCAUACUGGGGAAUUGAGAAAUGUCGUUGGCAAGCCAAACUUAUGUACAGUUUGCGGUAAAGCCUUCAAAUGGGCCAGUUCACUUUCGAAGCAUAUGAACCACCACACCAAACGGAAAAUACUAAACUGUCCGCAUUGCCCCAAAUACUACCUGGAGCAGCAGACAUUAAAACUGCACCUUCGAACCCACACGGGCGAAAGACCCUUCGUCUGUAACAUAUGCGAAAAGUCAUUCACGCAAAUGUGCAAUUUGGAGAAACAUUUGCGUAUUCACACGGGUGAAAAGCCCUAUUCUUGCUCAAUUUGUAAGAAACGCUUCGCUCAAAGCAGUUAUAUUGCGGUUCACAUGAGAUCACACACUGGCGAGAAGCCUUAUAUGUGCAACGAUUGCGGAAAGUGUUUUGCAGGUUCGAACACACUAGCAAUGCAUAAACGGACUCAUUCAGGAGAGAGGCCAUAUGUGUGCAACGUUUGUGGCAAAGCCUUUGCAAGACUCGAAACAGCGACGGUCCAUCAACGAACACAUACGGGAGAAAAACCGCAUUAUUGCCCGAUAUGCGAUCGAGCAUUCAUCAGUUCCAGUCACCUUUCCAAUCAUAAACGCACCCAUAAUAAUAGUACUGUAUACGAAUGCAGUAAAUGCGAUCAGACAUUCUCGAGCAACAACAGUUUCAAGAUUCAUUUGAAAUCCCAAUGUGCGAGCCGCAUUUUUUCAAAAGACUCCAAUGCGGAAGUACAAAUGAAACACGACACCAUACUGGUCAUCAACAACACUGAAUAACUCCGGAGGAAGUUUCUAGAAUAAUGCUAAAUCUAAACAUGAAAUAAAUUUAUUUUUGAACGCAA